GGGCCAAGGCAGAAGGGGAGCCAGGGAGGCAGCACCCCCUCCCCCGGGCUGCAGUCCGAACUGAUGCUCUUCCUCCUCUUCCUCCUCCUCCUGGCGAGCCCCUUCUUCCUCUCUUCCUCUUCCAAGCCCUCCCCCUCCUCUCCCCAUCCCCCUCCCCCACCCAACGCCCCCCUUCCCUGAGGGGGAGGGGGAGAGGAGGGAGGAGAGAGAGCUUCCCCAAGCAGCAGCAGCAUCAGCAGCACCCGCUUCGGGAUUUGCCAGCCGCGCCGACUCCCUCCUUCUCUCUUUCUCUCUCUCUGUCUCUCUCUCUCUCCUUCUCUCCCUCCCUCCCUCGCUGCACCUGCCGGCCCCUCCCUCUCCGGUGACUCACCUGUCGCCUCCUCCUCCUCCUCUUCCUCCUCCUCCUUCCAGGACACGCACCUCUUUUGGGGCAGCUCCUUCCUUCCUUCCUUCCUUCGGUCCCUCUCUUCCUUCCCUCCCUUCCUUCCUUCGCCAAGAACCAACUCCGAGGCUCUCUUUCUCGCACCGACAUCCUCUCCAAAGAUCUCCACCUGCUGUUUUUGGCUAAGCCUCUCCUCCUCCCAUUUCCAGACAGUAAGAGACUGAUUGAUUCCCUCCCCUCCAAAGCCUUGGCUCUGCAGAUCCGCCUGGCAAGCAAACCUGCUUUUCCAGUUUGGGGCCUGGGCACCAAAAGCACCUUCUUGAAACCCAGCCUUUGGGCGCCUUUCGCUCCUGGGGCUUUUCCCACCGGAGAGGCGGACGACGGGAUGUCCACCCGGGACAGUGUCCAGAUCCCCGACGAUAGAGACUUCGAACUUUUCCGGACAGAAUGCAACUCCGAGCAGGGAUGGAACCUGACCUACAACAAGUCCGGCGUCGUGGUUUGGGUGCAGAUCCUGGAGGCGGAGAAGUCGCUGCACAAAAUCAAGUGCAGGAUGGACUGCAAGGACGUUUCGGCGGAGACCCUCUAUGAUGUCUUGCAUGACAUUGAAUACAGGAAAAAGUGGGACACCAACGUCAUUGAGACCUUCGACAUUGGAAAGCUGACCGUCAACGCCGAUGUUGGCUACUAUUCCUGGCGGUGUCCGAAACCCUUGAAGAACCGAGACGUCAUCACGCUGCGCUCUUGGCUGCCCAUGGGCAACGACUACAUCAUCAUGAACUACUCCGUCAAGCAUCCGAAAUACCCUCCUCGGAAGGACAUGGUGAGAGCCGUCUCCAUCCAGACUGGCUACUUGAUCCAAGGGAAAGGAGCCAAAAACUGCACCCUCACCUACCUGGCGCAGGUAGACCCCAAAGGGUCUUUGCCAAAAUGGGUAGUGAAUAAAUUGUCUCAGUUCCUGGCACCGAAGACCAUGAAGAAGAUGCACAAGGCCUGCCUGAAGUACCCGGAGUGGAAGCAGCGGCACAACCCGCCCUUCAAGCCCUGGCUGUUCCCGGAGCAGAACACGCUGUCCCCGCUCUCGCUCUCGGAGCUGGCCAUCCAGCACGCCGACUCCCUGGAGAACAUCGACGAGAGCAGCCUCUCCGAGGAGGCCAAGGACGAGCGGGGAGAGGCCAGCGACGAGGACAGCGUCAACUGACCGACUGCCCCUUUGUCCAUGGCUGCGGGUCUCGACCCACCUGCCUGGGCACCACCCCCUUUUUAUUGGGUUUGUGUAAGCGUUUGCGUUUUUCCAAAAAAGAGAGAGAGAAAGGCUUGAUUCCCCCCAACACACUUUGGCAUCUCUCGCACUCGGGGCCAGGGCUGGUGGCGCAGCAGAGGGAAACCUUUCUGCAGAUUGGAAAAGUCCUGCCAUUCUUCAAGUGCUCGCUCUUUCUGGGGUCCAGCACUGACUCUCUUUGUGCACAUUCUCUCUCGUCCUCCUUUCCAUAAUUCCUUUAUUUGUUUCUUCUUUUUGCAAUGGGAGAUGGUCGUGGGUUGGAAGGGGAGCCAUGAAGACUUGCACUCUUCACUCCUGGGGAUUUGGAAAGAGGGAAACAGGCCCCGCUUCCUAUCCAUGUUGUUCUUCUCUUCUGAAAUGAAUCCCCCAGGUUUGGCUUCCAUGGGAACCUGGCUGGGAUUUCCCCAUUCUCUGCAAUGAUCAUGCAAUUCCUUCUGAAUUAAGAAUUCUUGAAAACGUUGCAGCAGGAGCAGAGUUCAUGACUGGCACCAAACUAAACAGUGGCAUAAAUUAUCUAUCUAUCUAUCUAUCUAUCUAUCUAUCUAUCUAUCUAUCUAUCUAUCUA